AUAUCUCUGCGAUGCAUAAAAAUGGCAACUGUCUGAACAAUUUCUGUUGCGAUUCUUCUAAAAUUUAACGCUAAGAAAGACUUGAUAAUAAUGAUUAUAUGAUCUUCUGGUACAUAACAAGAAAGAGAAUAUAUACAGUAAAUUACAUCGUUUGAUAAGAAGUGUGCCAUGGCUCAGGGUCGGCCAAUCAAGUGUGUUGUAGUUGGGGACGGUACUGUUGGAAAGACGUGUAUGCUGAUCUCCUAUACCACUGACAGCUUUCCAGGGGAAUAUGUGCCCACAGUAUUUGACAAUUACACUGCCAACAUGAUGGUAGAUGGAGUUCCGGUCAGCUUAGGAUUAUGGGAUACUGCUGGUCAAGAAGAUUACGACAGAUUACGACCACUUUCAUAUCCACAGACGGAUGUCUUCUUAAUAUGUUUUAGUGUAGUCAGUCCUUCAUCUUAUGAAAAUGUAACAACAAAAUGGAAUCCAGAAGUUAAACAUCAUUGCCCUGAGGCACCUAUACUUUUAGUAGGAACUAAAAUAGAUUUACGAGAAAAUAAAGAGGCGAUAGGACAGCUAGCUGCCCAAGGUUUAUCUCCAGUGAAGCGUGAACAGGGUAUCAAGUUAGCCAAUAAAAUCCGAGCUGUAAAAUACAUGGAAUGUUCUGCACUCACUCAAAGAGGUCUAAAGCAGGUGUUCGAUGAAGCAUGUAGAGCAGUGUUGCAACCACAACCAAUUAGAACAAAAAAUCAUAAAUGUCAGCUUCUAUGAUCUGUGACUAUCAGCUGUUCAUUUGGGGGAUAUGACAUCAUCUAAAACCAUCAUCUACCUGUAUAUAUCCAGUGUGUAUGAUGUUGUCAAUUUCUGUUCUUAUAGUGUGAUAUUAUUGUGUAUCAUGCACAUUGUUUCUAAGGGACAUAUAAACUGGUAUGUGUACUGUCUAGUUUACAUGUUUGUGUGAGGGUCAACAUUUGUGAGAAAAAAAAAUUCCUGCUUAUAAGACCAAACCUUUUCCAAAAAAUUUUAGUGAAGAACAUCAUGCACUAUUGGUGUACAAACAGUAAUUUUUUUCUUAUAAUUUCACAUUAUAGUAUUUAGAGUUUACAAAGUUUAUUUGAAUUAAUAAUUACCCCAUUUUUUAAAUGUUUGUAAUAAAUGUAUAGCAGCAAGCAGAACUUUAUAUACCGGUAUGUGGAAAUAUUUGAAAAUAUUUGAUUAAUAGAAUAAAUAACAUUAUUAUUUCUUUUUAAACUCUGAUAAAUACAUCUACCAUUAAUUCUUUUGGUUUUAGCUUUGUUUAAGUGUUUGUAUUGAAAUUAAGAAUGAAAUUUUCAGUUCCAUUGUAACAUACAUUUAUAAUUCAUUGAUGAAAUAUCUAAUACCAGAGUUAUCACUCUUGGAGAACCUUAUGUUACAUAUGAGACAAACACCUUAUGAAUUGAUAAUUCAACUCCUUCUAUACUCUUUCUGUCUUUCAAAUUUAAAAUCUGUUAUGAUAAUGUCCAAUGAAGAAAAAAAAGAAAAAGAAUCUUUGUUGAUUAUUCUUGCUGACAGAACAGACAAUCAAAUAGAUAUGAAGAUUUAUUCUGACUUCAUUCAGAUAUGCAUGGGAGGUUAGUCAGGCUUUUGUUGAUAGAAGAUGGGUGUAUUUGGCAUGUGAUCUGCAGGAAUCAUGUGUAUGAAACAUUUAUAGUUUAAAUAUCCGUGAUUUGGUUGGCUGACUACAGAUGGACAUACAUUUACAAAGUUUCACACUUAUGAAAAUGAUAUAUUUACUAUGAUAUACCUUGUCAGAUUGUAAUAUUUAAGUCUUAAUAGUUACAUGUACGACAACAGUAACAGUUAACAUAAAUAACAACGUUUUAAUAUCAAGGAGAGAUGACCCAGAGAUCGCAAAUAUUUAAAAAAAUGUGUUUAAAAGUGUAACAGUUUGUACCAAAAUGACUCAUCUAGCAUAUUUUCGAGUUAUUUUUUAGCGAAUCUAAACACAAUAUCAGGAAAAUAUUUCCCUUUCCUACUUCACAGGAACCAGAUACAUCAAAAGAAUGCUAAAAUUUCACAUAACAGAGCAAUGAAAUUUCACUUCAAGUAUGCCCAGAUUCCUGCUGAAUGCCAAUCAAAUGCACCCUUGUUCUUUUGAGGUAAAUUCACACACUGUGGCUCUGUAUAUGUAGCUUUAGCUGAAAAUCCUCUGAGUAUGGUAUGACCAUUUAAUAUUUUGUUCAUAUUUUAUUCCCAUAAGCUAUUUUGAAACUGGAGAUAAGUUGUAAUUGUGUAGCUGGCAUUAGGAGUGGAUGCCACAAUGUGUGCCUUUAACAGGAUAAAUUAUACCAAGAUUUUUUUCUCUGGUGAUGGGGUAUCAUUUCCCCCACAACAUUUUUGAUAUAGUCUACAAGUUUUAAAAAAAAAAGGCUUUCUACAAACGUGUGUUAAAAUAUAUAUAUAUCUAUUGCAUAUUGGCAUAUCUUUUUUGCGUGUAUUUUAUAGAAAAUCAUAUAUCAAAAUCAUGAUAUGAUUAAAUUAUCAUUUUUAAUCAAGAAUAAGGUUUUGUAACAGAAAAUGUCACUUUUAUAAUUUAUCAGGAGGGAUUUAUCCAAUGGGGAGGUUUUUCUAAAGGUUGUGAUCCACUGUUGUCAGUUUCAUGUUGUAUUUGACCUAUGACCUUGACCUUUUGUUGCCAUAGACUUUGUAACCUAUAUAAUGUUAAUAUUGUAUACAAAGGAGGAUUAUAUUAUAUUGCUUAAGGUGCACACCAAUAUUUACAAAAUGUAUAUGUAAACAUUUUAAAGGUAGUUAUUUAAUGUUGUAAUUUUAUUAAGGCCAUAUUCUAUUACAGUAUGUAGAAUUGAAGUAUCCUAUUAAAAUCAAUGUCACAGCCUGAAUAUAAGCUUUUACAAUUUAUACUUGAUGAAUUUUUUGGCAUCAAAUACUUUUUUAAUUUGUUGUUUACAUAUGCCGCAUAUUCAUUAGAUUGAGAAAAAAUUAGUUCAUAGGGUUGAAAAUACUGUUUUACUGCACAUUUCAAAUAAUCAACCAUUGUAUUUAGAUUAUGCCAGAAUAUAUGUGAGGUCAUGUUGAUGAGUUUGACAGAUAUAUGAGCCAUUAUAAUGUUUGCUUUAAUACACAAAAGCAAAGACCCUGAGUAGAAGUAGGAAAAAAUGAUGAUUCACAAAGAAAAACAAAACAGCUUUGUCAGGGAUGUUAAAUUUGAUGUUGUGUACAGUUGUAAUGAAUAAUACCUUUGUUUUUGAUAGAUAGCGAUAUCUAGUCAUUCAUUUCUAUAUUCUCAUGUAUCUUAUGAUAAUUUACAUUAAAUGAAUGAUAUGCACACAAAUCAUUAAUUCAUAUUAUGAUGCAGUAUUUCUGAAACAAAUUCUAGCUUUGUAUUUGUAAAAAUUCCUGUGGAAUAUACAUUAAAAUAUAUGUGCUUUCCAUUUGGUUGCACAAAAUUUGUGUUUGUAUCACUGUAUAAUAGUGAAAAGAUGCAGCUAUUGGAAAUAUUUUACUGUAAAAUGCCUCUUACAUCCAUCAUUUGUGUUUUGGAAUGAAUAUGAAACCUUCCCAUCUGGUUAGGCUUUGUAUAGGCCUAGGUUAUUUUUACCUGAUGUCCUGUUGACCAUAUUCUUGUCAUUUGCAGAGAUUUUUGCAGUCAACAUAUUUCAACUAUGUAAAUAUUAAACAUUUGACAUUUUGGAACAGAAAGAGAGAAUGUUUUCAGAAUGCAAAUCCAAUUUUUUUUAAAAUUUAAGUGAUUUCAAAUUCAGAUAACCAUUACUUAAAGAUUUAUUUAUAAGACUAAGAAUUUGGUCAAAGUAUAAGCAAAUUAUUGUCUGAACAACUGCCCUGGUUGGGUGUAGUUCACUAGGUUAUAUAUCAUAAACUUGAUAUGGAGUUAUCUACCUUUAAAUAAGUAUUUUACAGAGCAGCAAGCGUACAUGUAUUACUUGAAUUAUAUGGCAGAAAUUAUAAAAAGUACGUUAGCUAUUAAAUAUCUAGCUUAAAAAUGUGAAGCUUAAACAAGGAAAGGUAAUUUUUUCAAAAAAUAUUUAAGAAUUGUGAACUUUAAUGUCUCUUGGAAAUACAUAUUUCUUUUCAACCGUAUCAAUGUCUUUUAGAUUUAUGAUGCAAAUUUAUGACUAAACGAGAUUGCUUUCGAAAAUAUGGUACAGUGUUUAUGUAUAUUAAAAAAAUUCUGCAGAAAAUUCCAAUUUGUAAUUUUGCAUUGGUGAAAUUGAAAAUCUGCUUCAUGAAAUUCGACACACACAUCAAGCUAUUCAUUACAGGGGCAUAUUGUUUAUCAAAGACUUCCAUGAAAAUAAGUAAUCAAGAGACGUGAGCCUGUACAACAUACCCGAUUUUUUUAGUGGUGAUCUGUUCGUGUUCACACUUCUUUUGUUUGAUCUGCCAAAACUGCUGAUGUUGAAUUUUAUUAAUCAGAGUAUACUACAAUAUUAAAUCUGGCUAUGAAACACAAAUAUUUUGUUCUAUCGAAAUAAAUACAAAAUCAUGUCACUUUUAAGUCUUCGAGUAUCCUUGACCUUUGUGUACGUGAAUUUAUAGUGAGUUAUUUUGCCUUGUUGGGAUUUUUGUUCUUUGAUAGAUGAAAUACAUCUACAUGACUUAAAAUGCAUAUGGCUAUUAAAAUGUCAGAAUCCGAAAUAAAUGUUUUGAAUUUAGUUGAUACAUGUACCGUUGAAAUAAGCAUUACCACACUAUUUACUGCAAACGAUUAUAUACAUGUAUGUAUGUCAUCUGCUAUGUUUUUGUAUCAUAGUUCAUGUCACAUGUGCAAUAUAUAGAAUAAACACGUACAACGGAG